ACGAAGAAGAAGAAAAAUAAUAAUAAUAAUAUCAGAAUUGAAGGCUUGCUUGACCGCAGUUAACAAUGCCACAAGCUUGUGCAGCAUUUGGCUGCAGCAAUCGACGAACGGUCGAAAAUAGAGGCCGUGGAAUAACUUUUCACAAGUUCCCAAAGGAACCGGGAGCAAGAAGAACGUGGGCCAAAGCUCUCCGAAGGCGUGAGUUCACGCCCAGUGACACAACAGUUGUGUGUAGUUGUCAUUUCCUUCCAGAAGAUUUUGACAGAACUGGACAAACUGUCCGUUUGAAGGAAGGUGUGGUCCCUUCAGUGUUUGCUUUUCCAAAUCAUCUGAAUAGAGUGCCCAAUAAAGCUACGUCAACCAGGACGUCACUACAGGCCUGUGAACCAAGUUAUGAUCCUGUACCUGUGUCUGAUGUUCCAGAACCGCCAAUUCCAGCAAACUUAGAUCAUCCUUAUGCCGUUGACCCUGACCACGUUAAAGAUAAAUUAACUGAGGCCCAAAGAAGAGCUUACAAGCUGCAGAGGCAGCUGAGAAAUGCAGAGGAUCAUGAGAGAAGAACUAAAAGAAUUGCGGCGUCCCUGGUAGAUGAGUUAAGAGAGAAAAAUCAACGAUCAACGACACAGAGAGUGGCCACGUGCUGGACGAGGGCUGGCCAACCACCGUCAAGAGAUCUAUCCCCUUCUUCAAAGACUGCGGCGAGGACGACGUGUGCACCACCGACCUGGUUCUGCAGGUUCACAUGGACAUCUCUGGCACGGGGUAGGACCAGACUCCUCCUCCCCCUGGGCUCACUCUGGAACACACUCACACCACUGUCUUAUCACUCCUCACGUGGCAGUCUCAGCAUCACUGUGUUCAUGUCGUACUGAAUAGUAUCGUGUUGUUGUUGAUCAGACUUUCCUCCUUCAGACAACAGCCCUACGUGAUCCGCAGUCCUCGGAGGCGCAACUGCAAAAUAGGCUGGCUACAAUACCAGCCUCACGCUGCACUACUGACGCAACCCUCACUUCUCCAGUCUCAGCAUACGGGUGAACUUCAUGUUGGAGUUUGAGUUCAGCUGCACACAGUUGCUCAGUGAAGUGCAGAUGAAACUCCAUGCUGCUAGGUAUACCUAGUUUCUUCACACUUCUACAGAGUAUCGCACAACGUGAGUCUGGUUGUCUGUGUGUGCGCCCCGUGAUCCCUCGUGAGCACCAGACCUCCACGAGUCCUCCCGUGCUCCCUGGCCCUGGACCUGGACUUCCUCUCGAGCCCUGCCCACAGACCAUAGGCCUUUGCGCUUAUCCCCGGAUUCCUCUCCGAGCUUCCCAUCCCUGGACCCGGCCCGGACCAUUGACUCUCUGCACGCACAUACUUCCAACACCCGCUGCCCAUACUCCAUUUACUUGCCACACAGUCUCCAUUACAUAGCACCUUACACAUAGAUAGAUAGAUACACAUCCCAUAUCCUGGCCUCGAUGCACCACACUCUCCCACACAGUUCCUCCCCUUUUGUAAAUAAAUACACUGCUGAAGGCUAAAGAUUUCCCAGCCUCUGUGCUGCCUUCCUGGAUCUCUCAGUUGUACCAAUACACAUGAAGAAAGUUUAAUUUGAAGGGAAACCAUCCCUUUAACUAUUCUAUACCAGCCAAAUAUAGAAGAUUUGAAUCCAGUUAUUUUAAUAUGAGAGGUAGGUUAUGUGUGUGCAAUGUGGAUGCAUAAAAAUGGAUGAAUGAAAAUAAAAAUAUGAAAUUUAGCGUACAAUAUGACAUUGUUAGCAUAAUGGCAACUGUCUGCAGAAGCCAGGUUAUCUUUGAGGCUUGUUUAUUAAUGAAUGAAUUAAAUCCACUUACAAUAAUAAGCAUAGCCUCUAGAACUAUGUAUUUCACAAUAUAAUAAAAGUAUAU